AUGACUGAAAAAGUGGUUUCCUUACGUCUAUUGCAUUAUCUUCGAAGCAAUGGCCUCGAAGAACUAUAUCAAUCUGCUUACAAGCAAUUUCAUAGUUGUGAAACAGCACUUAUUCGUGUACAGAACGACAUUUUACGUGAGAUACAUGGAAAGUCGGGUGUCAUACUACUACUAUUGGAUCUAUCAGCUGCGUUCGAUACGGUGGAUCAUACGAUCUUGCUCCAAAGAAUGUACUCUAAAUUUGGCAUCAAGG